AUGCUAUUAUUUGAUGAUUUUAGAGUGAUAAUUGUUUGUCUUAAUCACUAUAAUAACAAUACUGAACGUCUUAUUCAUGCUCUAUGUGAUCAAACUGUUCCUGAACAUCUCAGAUUUGAUACAACAAGUACAGCAUUACCCCUUCCACCUUCAUCAAAUAUCACAAAUAAAGAUGAAAAACCAUUUGCUAGCAACGAUUUGUCUAUACUUGGACAACGUUCAAAUAUAUACGAUAAUGAUGAAUUUGAUAUAUUUAAUCGAGAUAAUAUUGAUCUAACAAGAAUACAUCGAGGAAAAAAAACACAAGACACACUUGCAGAUCUUGAUGACAAAUCUCAUCUAAUAGGAAUGAGUGAACGCUAUGCUCGUUUAGGUAUUAUUGAAGAUGUAACAGAUGAAGAAUAUGAUGAUGAAUAUGAUGAUACUUAUGAUGAUGGAAUUGUUAAUGUUAGAGAUAAAGAUGAUAUAAUUGAUAAGGAAUUAGAAAAGAAUGAAAAUAGAUUAUUUGGAAAACAAUCUCAACAUUAUCGUCAACAAAUGGAUAAUGAAGAUGAAGAAGAAAAUGGUGAAAGUCAAGCUAAACGUCGGGAUCAAUUUGUUGAAAAUCCUGAAACAGUUCGUGAACGAAGAGCACAACAACGAGCAGCUUGGCAACAACGUCAUCAACCACAUCGAUCACAUACAGAAGAAACACAUAAUGUUGUUGGUAGUGCUCGUGGUCGUGGUCAAUCAACAACCGUUACACAUAAUCGACGUUGGAAAGAUACACAUAAAUCUUCGCAAGCAAAUCAUAAUCGUCGAAAUCGAGCUGCUCAAAAAUCUAAUCGAGGAUUACUUUCUUAA